AGUGCCAAUAGAGAGAAAAGAUGAGGCUUUAUCUCCUUCAUGCACUGCUCAUAUAUGUCUUCAAGUUCGCCUCAAGCGAUUCUCAGGAGAUGGACUUGGAGUCCUCCCUUUGUGCAGUGAAUUCGAGCUUGGUAAAUACCUGUGUGAACACCACCUGGAACCCUCGAAUAUGCACUGGUGUGAGUGGCUCGGGAAUUCUCUGCUUGAACCGUACCAUAAACCCCGAGCUAUGCAUCGAAGGGUCCCGAUUGGGAGAUAUGGAAUGCGAGGGAAGUGUUCUAGCUCCGCCCGUAGUCCAGAGCCGUGAGAAGGCACCGUUCGCCAUGGCGCCCCCGAGGUCUGCUGGGCCCUUCGAAGAUGCAUCUUGA